CUGUUGGACACUUCCUAUUGCACGUGUGGAGAGGUAGUCUGCAAGUAGAUGGAGAAGGAGCCUCUGCUGCGCAGUUGUUUCCAUACGUUUUUUGUUUUCACUCGCAGAACAUUCUUGGACAAUAGUUUUUCUUGGCUCUACUAUGGUUGUAGUGUACUACUGACAGUGACAGACUCGUCUUUCUAGGCUCCAUGAUCUCGUCUCUUCCUUUGUUUGCCCGUGGCUCCCGUCUCCGUAGUUGCGCAAUUUUUUAGGGAUUGCGCCGAGAAAAAGUCAGUGUGUACAUACAACUUGGACGUCGCACCACAGAUUUUUCUUUUCCUCUUCAAGUUUUGAUCGAGCUCGUCUACGGAGUUCCCCUUUACCGCCCAGAGCGUUGGCAGUGCGCCGUUUACCACAUCGCGAAACGGCCACGACAGUCCUCGUACUUACCGGGGGGUUCAGCAUGGGAAAUAAUCUCCCAAAGUAUGCGCAGUCUUACGUGACCGAGCAAGUAAGCGAUCAAUUUGGGCUUCCUUUCAACCCUUGGGAUGGCAGAGGAUCCUUCUUCGGCAAGGCUGGUGCCAUACAUUUUUUGAAUCAACAAAGCAUGCAGGAAGGAUGAAACAGAGAAGUGUAAUGUUAGUUCUAUGGACGUCAAGAACUUUGCUGGAGCUGGUUCGGUUUGGCACAUUUUUCCGAGGGUGAUCUUGCCUCGACAUGAAAGCGAUGCAUGACCACUACAGGCGGCUCACCACCCCCGGACCAGGCGCGACCUUCCAGCAAAGAGAUGGG